GUGCCCAUGACGCACAGUUACCGACGCUAUGGACCUGUAUAUAUACCAGUGCCCGUGGCCGUUGGAGACACAUUUCCACCGAGCUUUGUUUUGGACACUUCUCUGACACAAAGACGACGCUCAAAAUGUCUCCAAACAUGACCAGCGAUGCUAUCCAAUCUUUUUCUCCGAGGCUAACUGUAGCCAGAAGAAAAGAGGCGCUUGAGCUCAGAAAGACUAUGAAACCGUUGAUGGAAAAAAGGAGGCGCGCCCGUAUCAACGACAGCCUCAACCACUUGAAAAGUCUCAUACUCCCCCUCACUGGCAGAGAUAAGACUCGCUACUCCAAGCUGGAGAAAGCAGACAUUCUGGAAAUGACUGUGAGGUUCCUCGGCGACAUUCCUCCUGUCAACACCAAAAAUUCCACAGACAGUUACAAGGAGGGCUACAAAGCCUGCCUCCAGCGCGUCUCCGCUCUGCUUCCCAAAUCGAGCCUGGACCAAGACGCUUGUGAGCGGGUGAACGCCUUCAUCCAACAGUCUAUGUCUGCCACCAUCACCCCGGCCUGCCUGAACUGCUGCGCCCAGAGCUCCAGGACUUUCCCUCAGAUCCAACAGAGACUCCUGAGCCUCAAGUCCAGCUUCAGCUCCAGGCUGGAGAGCCAGAGCCACAGCAGCAGCGGUGCGGCUCCCAGCCGAGCGCAGCCGGGGCCACAAGCUGCCAACACUGGCAUGUGGAGGCCUUGGUAGAUUUCCAAGUCUCCGAGUCACCCGACAAACCGGUGUAAAGUGCAUGAUAAGUAGGCGACAUAUUGGGAUAGCAUCACUUGUAAAUAUACAUAGUGAUUUACUGUCUUGUUUUUGUUGAUGAAAAGCAAAAUUUCAUCGUUAAAUCAACUUAGCUGAGUAUUAUAU